CCGACUAAGCUUGUAAAACUUAUUGAUAGUGUCACAAACAUAAAAGUAUAAAAUCUUAUAUCGUUACGUAACAGAUGCUCAAAUUAAAAAAAAAAAAAUGCCCAGAUUUAUCGUUAUUUUCUCAAUCUUGUUGAGAGAGGAAGAUACAUCUGGUACAGAUCCAAGAUCCUAAAUAUGAUGUGUCAAUUGUAAGCAGAAGAAGGUGGUUCGUGAUUCAUCGAUUCUAUUUCCACCAUGAGGGUUUGUCUUUGAUGCCCAAUUAACGCCCUCCCUUGAUUUUGAUUUCUCUGCGCAUGAGCUAAAUUAUGGAUCUUUGGAAGUUUUGCUGAAUGUUGGAUUGGAAGACGAAUCCAUGGACGAUUUAGGAGACAAGGGAUUAUUAUUGUAAAUCCACAUAAAAAAAUAGAUUCUUGGGAUCCAACGGCUGAGAACAUGCCUGGCCCAGAGAAUAGAUCUCUCGGCCGCAGCGAUAAAACCUACAAACGCACUCUCUCUGUCUUUCUCAUCCGUAGGCUGCACACAUUCAAUCUAACCCUAAUUUACCGAGAAAGUCUCCAAUUCUCUCCGUCGAACCAUGGGCGAAGAUCUAACCGACAAGAGAUAUUAUUCCCGUGAUGAGACAGUGGUCUUCUGGAACUUGGAUGAUUAUCCAAUCCCUAGUGGUGCCGAUCGUGACUCGAUUUAUCCUAAUAUCGAAUUAGCUCUCCAUAAAAUGGGCUUUCAUGGUAGACUGUCAAUCAUGGCCGACGACAAACAUGACUUGAGCAGGGCCAGAAUGUAUAGGGAAGUAAAAGAGGAAUUACCGGGUGAUGGUUGUUGUGUGAGGAGAAUGACUCGCCAGAUUCUCUCGUAUGCAUCAUUACUCUGGCGUGUUAAUAUUAUGGUUGUGGCAAAAGCAAAAGAAAAACAGUGCUGGGACUUGCCCAGGGUUCUCGAUUGUUUGAAAUCGAGAGAUAUAAUUGUUCUCUUACUAGAGCCGCCGCCUGGUGACACUGCACAACCAUUUCUUUCUGUAGACUCAGUGGUUGAAUCUACACAAGUUUUUGGUGGAGUAAAGCCUAUAAGCGGAAUGCUGGUAAAGUUAUUAUGAUGUUCUAAAUGAUAAGCGUAUUGUGGAGUAUAAGACCACCUGUUUUCGCUGUCACUGUGAUUGUAAUUAACACUCCUGGUGAUUUGAGUUAGAUAUUUUGUUUUCUGUCAAAAGUUAUGUAUGAAAACAUUCAUGCAUUGUUACAUCUUUAAUUUUUUUUCUGUUA